AUGGUUCUCUAUCUUGCUUUCGCGACUAUUGCGGCGCUGGUGACCCUGGCGAGUGUGCAUGGCGGUGUUGGAACGCACGCAAUGGAGGGCAAAGAGUACGCAGGUUGGCAACCCUACAACUCCGCCGACGGUCAAGUAUCCAUCGAGCGCGAGUACCCCGGAUACAACCCGCUGCUCCUUGCCGACCUCACGACCGUAAACAUGAGAUGCAACAACCCCGGCCUCACUGGAACCGGCGUCUCCGCAACCGUUGCGGCAGGCGAUACAAUAAAAGCGCAGUGGACACAACGGACGCAUAGCCCUGCCUCCGUGCUUGUUUACCUAGCGAAAUGUCCAGCUGCGGGUUUUCCCGCAUUUCUCGCUCCGGGCGAACACCUCAUCCGACAUGAAUUGAUUGCCGUCCAUCAAGCGAACAACCCUCAACGUCCGUCCCGACCCCCUUCUCCCCCUUAUCCUCCAAGGAUAUAUAAGCUUACAAGACAAACCAAUAGUCUACCCCGAGUGCGCUCAACUCAUCAUCACAGGCUCCGGCACCGCCUUUCCGAUUCCUCCUACCUCGUCGCCUUCCCCGGCGCCUACAGCGCCAGCGACCCCGGACUAGACUUCAACAUCGACGCCCCGUCUGCCAUGACUGCUACUACAUAUACUAUCCCUGGCCCAUCUGUGCGGCUGGGUAGCGGAACUGGAAACGGUGGAGCGGGUACCGCAGGUACAGGUGGUGCUGCGUCUUCCGCAGCUCCAACAACACUCGCGACGGCGGUCAAGUCGAGCUCGGCGGCCGCAGUGGCGAGCCCAGCAGCCGCGUGUGCAACAGUAGUCAAGUACGGGCAGUGCGGGGCCAGUACGCACAGCGGUUGCACGCUUUAUGCGAGUGGUUCUAUGUGCACAAAGUCGAGCGGCUUUUAUUCACAAUGUCUGUGA